AUGGUCCGCAUCAUGACCCUCGGACUCUUCCUCAUCAGCGCCCUCACCGCGCAGGCUUGCACAUACUGCCAGUGCGAGUUCAGCGACAGCAGUCACUGCUGCGUAUACUCGGAUGCAAGCAUCGGAGAGUUAGACUGCACCAGCAUCUGCGCCAAAGCUCAUCGGGCCGACGGCGUUAGCAAUGCCGAUGGUACAGCCGGUACUGCGUGCAAUGCUGGGGGUAAAUAUGAGUGUAUUAGUGCUAUUACAGCGCAGGGUCGGACGCCUUGCUACACUGAGUGA